AUGGCACCCUCUCGCAUCUCCCCCGCCCCGCAAGGCCUCACGCCCGAACAACUCUCAACCUGGCACUCGAAAGGCUACCUCCUCAUCCCAAACGCCCUCACCCCCACCCAAGUCAACACCCUCCUCUCCGAAUCCCAGCGCCUACUUCGCGACUUCCCCCUCUCCUCGCACCCCAUGACGCGCUUCUCGACCGGCGAAAAAACCUCCCACGUCGGCGACGACUACUUCCUGACCUCCGGCGACAAAAUCCGGUUCUUCUUCGAGGAAGACGCCUUCGACACCGAGGGGAACCUCACGAAACCCAAAGAGAAGGCGAUCAACAAGAUCGGGCAUUAUCUGCAUCAGUUGAACCCGGCGUUUAGGGACGCUUCGAUCAACGAGCAGAAUGCGCGGAUUGCGGGGGAUUUGGGGUUUGAGGAUCCGAGGGUGCUGCAGAGUAUGGUCAUUUGCAAACAGCCGGAGAUUGGAGGGAGGGUGCCACCUCAUCAAGACUCUGUCUUUCUCUACACGGAUCCGCCGUCUGCUGUGGGGUUUUGGUAUGCGCUGGAGGACUGUACGGUGGAGAAUGGGUGUUUGUCUUUUGCGGCGGGGAGUCAUAGACGCGCCCCGAUUCGGGAACGUUUCAUUCGAAGCAAAGAUGGGAAAGGGACGACGUUUGAUAAGAACGCUGGGAGUGCGUGGCCGGAGGGGUUGGAGCAGGAGAAGGAGAUUGAGGAUGAAGAGUAUGAGUUGGGGGAAGUCAAAGCUGGGACACUGGUCCUAAUUCAUGGGAACUUGCUGCACAAGAGCGAGAAGAACACGAGUCUUAAGGGCAGGAUGAUCUAUACGUUUCAUAUGAUUGAGGGGAAGCAUGAGUAUGAUGGGAGGAAUUGGUUGCAGCCGCCUGCUGAGGGUUUCACGGCGCUGAAUGAGGCUGUUGAUGCUUGA